AUCAGAUAAUCCCAGAGCAAAGAUUAAUUAAUUAACUUAAUAAUAAAUUAAGGGAAAAUAAAAAUCUGAAAGGAGGAAGAUGAACAACGGUCAGUCACUCCGGCACUCGCAGUCCCCUAAGACCCCGACCUCGAUGCUCGAUCGCGCCCUCUCCUCCCGUCGGUUCACUCCGCCGCAUUCCGAUGCCGAUGUCGCCGUAUCCGGUGAAUCUUCCGCCGACGCUGACGUCUCCGCCGACGAGUCCAAGUCCAAGCGCCCCCACAUCUACCUCCUCGCCUCCAAUUUCCUCUCCCGGAUCGGCCAUCAAUGGUGGCCUUGCCUCGUCCUCUGCCUCCUCCUCCUCAUUCUUCUCUGCCUUACCUCCUUGGCUUUCCAUUCUCACAGCUUCGUCUGCGUCUCCCGCUUCGAUCCCGUCGCUCGCGUCGGGUUCUUCGGUCUUGAUGGGCUCGAAUCGGACUUCGGAGCCCUAGGUGUUCCUUGGUGCAGAUCGAAACAUGGAAAAGAAGUUGAGUGGAAAUCCAAGGAUUUACUAAAGAGUCUAGAAGAGUUUGUGCCGAUAUAUGAAACGCGACCAAUACAGAACAAUAUGUAUGGGAUGGGUUUCGACCACAGCUUCGGGCUUUGGUUCAUGGCCCGAUGGCUCAAGCCAGAUUUGAUGAUUGAGAGCGGUGCUUUCAAGGGACAUUCAACAUGGGUUCUGCGCCAGGCGAUGCCAGAUACACCUAUUAUCUCACUCUCCCCCAGACAUCCUGAAAAGUACUUACGAAAGGGGCCUGCUUAUGUUGAUGGAAACUGCACAUAUUUUGCGGGGAAAGAUUUUGUUGAUUUUGGAAAUGUUGACUGGAAGAACGUGUUGAAAAAACACGGAAUUACAGACGUCAGUCGGGUUCUUGUGUUUUUCGACGAUCAUCAGAAUGAACUGAAAAGGUUAAAGCAAGCGCUGAAGGCGGGUUUCAGACAUCUUAUUUUCGAGGACAAUUACGAUACAGGAACUGGGGAUCACUAUUCACUGCGACAGAUAUGUGAUCAGUCAUAUAUAAGAGGAGGUGGUCACAGUUGCUUUAAAGACAGCGACGAAGCAAGGAUCCGAGCAAAGAGGAAGAAAUUCUGGGAAAAGGCGGUGGAUAUAACCGAGCUAUGCGGAAAAGGGGAAGCAUGGUGGGGAGUUAGAGGAGAAAUGAGGGAUAAUUUCAACCAUAGCAACACUCCGAUCUCGUACGGACAACACUUCCAGAACAGCAGGUAUGUUGAAUCGAUUCUUGACGUGUACUGGGAAUUACCACCCGUUGCAGGACCGUCCUUGACACAUCAAUCUCGGUAUGACCCGGCUCGGGUGACUCCCCCGAUCGUGGAAGACGGUAGGUACCGUUUGUUCCAACGGCUCGGGCUAGGUAGGCUUGAUAAGUCGGUGUUCAAUGGGUAUACCCAAAUGGUUUACGUUCAAAUUUCAAAGGCCUGGUCUUAGAGAACCGCAGAGUCGAGGACUGAGUGAGUCAUGUUUGGUUUUAGAUUUUUGUCUCCUGAAGACCGAGCUUAAGAAGUUUGUUAAUACCACUUUGCGGUUUCUUUCCGAGCUCUUUGGAACUAAGAAAAUAUCUGUUCGCACAGGAAGUUCUGUCAUUGUGUUUUGUUUAUAUACAUGUUAGUUGUUUGGUUAUAUGACUUUUUGAAUAGUUUGACACGAUUUUCCCGAUUGAAUC